GUCAAAAAUGUUUCAUUAAUUUAUGUUUUUGAAAAUAAAGUUGGGUAAGUGCUCAGCAUUUCCAGAUAAUAGACAAAAUUUUUCAAAAAGUACCAUGUUUGCAUCUACAUGAUUUAUGGUUAGAAGCAACCUUUAACAUUUCCAUAAUAUGUAAAGAAUGCACGGCAUUGUCAAAUAUGCCAUUGCGAAGUACGGAAUUAGAUGAGCACAAUAUGAUAUGGAGACACUACGAUCACCAUAUUACCACACCUGUAAUAUGGACUGAACACGCAACAAUGAUUGUGUCUAAUUACCUAAUUCCUAUUGAUAACGAAACUCGCAACAUUAAAAUGUGGUGCAGAUUUGAAACUUACAUGGAAUUUGCAAAAAAUGUAGCUGAAAAUAUCACAUUAUUCUUUAAAAAUGAAUGGAAACAUUCAAAUCAUAUUUCGAUGGUGUCUCAUGUUGCAAUUCCAAAUUUCCAUGACAAAGGCACAACAUUUUUCGGACUUGUUUUUUAUAGGGAAACAGAUAUCAUGUACAAUAAAUAUUUAUAUUCUGUUGCUAAAAAAUCAAAGGAGCUCAAUUAGUAGGACAUAAAGUGACACAACAAUGGUUUAAUAACAUGAUGAACAAUCGGUUAGUGUCGAAUACUUGGUUUAAAGGACUUAUUACAUUACUUGCAACGUAUGCUGUCAAUAAGAUUUAUCCUGAUGACAGAAUAAUAAAUUUAUUUGUUGUUCAAAAUUAACAUUACUCUUUUAAUUUGGAUGGUUAUCAUAUGUGGCCUUCUACUUCAGAAGUUAAUAGUUCACUGGAAAUUCCAAUUCUAUCAGAGAUCUAUCUUCAUGUUAUUAUAAAUCGAUUUCUCGCAAUAUUUAUUACUAAAACAAUAAGUAGUAAAGAUAAAAUAAUAUAUACACAAAGUAUCCGGAAAUAAUCGCACAUAUAGUAGAUAGAGGGAAUUAAUUGAAUGGUCCUUUAAAGUGUUGCUAUUUCCACCUUUCAUACUGCGCAUGAUGGAACACGCCUUAACUGAAAAAUAUUUUGGAAAGGAUUUCGCUUAUAUAUAAAUAGCACCCAAUUACAUCGUCAAAGUAUUCCGAAUUUUUGGGGAGAAAUUGCUGCUGUUAUAGGGAAACCAAAUAUUGAUCAAUUAACAAUAAAUUAUUGGGAUGCAGAAAAUCGUUGUCCUAUCAUAAAAAUAAUAAGAAAUUAUAAGACCUCUAUAAACGAAGUAAGAGUAUUCAUACAAAAUAUUGACAAAUUAAAAAUUGACUGCCUUCCUAUAACUAUUACUACGCAAGAGUUUCUCGAUUUUAACAAAUUUUAUCAUCAUAUGGUAUGCGGGACAGAAAAUUUGACAAUAUAUUAUACAUAUAUUCCAUAUAAUGAGGACGGUUGGACGAUAUUCAAUAUACAACAAAUUGGAUAUUAUCGCGUUAACUAUGAUAAAGAGAAUUGGAAAAGGAUUAGAAAUUAUCUAAAUUCUCGUAAUUACAAGAAUAUUCAUGUUCUUAAUCGUGCCCAAAUUAUCGAUGAUGCGUUCAAUUUAAUGAUAGCAGGCCAUCUCAAUUGCUCUAUAUUCUGGGACAUCACAUCGUAUUUAUAUCAAGAAGAAGAUUAUAUAGCAUGGUAUCCUAUGUUUAAAGCUCUGGAAUAUAUAUGUAAUACUUUUCCAGUGAUGAAAGAAGAAAUUGCAUAUAUGGCGCAACUAAUAAGUGAUACAUUAAACUAUGUACUUAAAAAAAUCAAAUAUGAAGAAAUUGGUGAUGUAGACGAACUUAGAAUAUGUUUACGACAAGAAGCUGCAAGAUGGGCAUGUCUUCUUAAUCACAUCAAUUGUAAGAGAGAAGCCAACAAUCAAUUAAAACAACAUUUCCAAGAUCCUUCAAAACACGAACUUUUGCCAUGGUGGAAAGAAUGGACAUAUUGUAAUGCUUUGAAGAUAAAUUCCGACAAAUUGAUUAGGGAAGCAGUGUCUGUUGAAGUAUCUGACGCCAAAUUUUUAGAAUACUUGGCUUGCAGUGAAGAUACUAAUACAAUUAAUCACUAUUUAACAUAUGAACCUUAUACUAAAGAACAAUAUCAAUAUUUUCGUUACAGUUUCUUACAUAUUAUUACGAAGCAUGCGAAUAAUCAAGCUAUCUUGAAGAACAUAUUAAAUGCUUUCUUUUUUUACGUAAAACCAAAACAAAUUGAUGUACCUAUAGCAUUAAUUAUUAUGAUUAAUAACGUAUAUUCCGUAAAUCUAACUCAGGAAAUAAACAAAUACGUUAAAUGGGUGAAAAACAAUACAGAUAUAAAUUAUGGAGUGAAAGGAAGGGAUUUCCUAGAGAAGAAUUUGGACAAAAUUGAAAGCAAGAUAACAAUUCGCAACAAUCAAAUCAAAAGACAGAUAGAGCUGUAUUAUGAUUGGUUUUACUUUUAGUGGAAUUAAAAAAUUGCAUCUUUUUGCAUGCGAGGAUAUAUUUCAUAUAAAUA